UAUUCUACCUUGUAAAUACUGUUAUUUGUAUAUACUGUAAAUGAUGACAUCGGUGGGCACCAACCGAGCCCGGGGAAACUGGGAACAACCUCAAAACCAAAAUCAGACACAGCACAAGCAGCGACCACAGGCCACUGCGGAACAAAUUCGACUUGCACAGAUGAUUUCGGACCAUAAUGAUGCUGACUUUGAAGAGAAGGUGAAACAAUUGAUUGAUAUCACAGGCAAGAACCAGGAUGAAUGUGUGAUUGCUUUGCAUGACUGCAAUGGAGAUGUCAACAGAGCAAUCAAUGUUCUGCUGGAAGGAAACCCAGACACGCAUUCUUGGGAGAUGGUUGGUAAGAAGAAAGGAGUUUCGGGACAGAAGGAUGGUGGCCAGGCGGAAUCCAAUGAGGAAGGCAAAGAAAAUCGAGACCGGGACAGAGACUAUAGUCGACGACGUGGUGGGCCACCCAGACGGGGCAGAGGUGCCAGCCGAGGACGAGAGUGUAUGCAUGGGGCUUUAUCAAAACCAACUGUGGUUCGGGGUCAGGAAAAUGGAUUGGAUGGCACCAAGAGUGGAGGGCCUUCUGGAAGAGGCACAGAGAGAGGCAGAAGAGGCCGUGGCCGAGGCAGAGGAGGCUCUGGUAGGCGGGGAGGAAGGUUUUCUGCUCAAGGAAUGGGAACUUUUAACCCAGCUGAUUAUGCAGAGCCGGCCAAUACCGAUGAUAACUAUGGCAAUAGCAGCGGCAAUACAUGGAACAAUACUGGCCACUUUGAACCAGAUGAUGGGACGAGACUUGAUUUCAUUGGGGUUGAGGGGUCAAAUUAUCCCCGAAAAUUUGAGACUGCUCCUGGUGCAUGGAGGGCUGCAACAGAGGAGUGGGGAACUGAAGAUUGGAAUGAAGAUCUUUCCGAGACCAAGAUCUUCACUGCAUCUAAUGUUUCUUCAGUGCCUCUGCCUGCGGAGAAUGUGACAAUCACUGCUGGUCAGAGAAUUGACCUUGCUGUUCUGCUGGGGAAGACACCAUCUUCACUGGAGAACGAUUCAUCUAAUCUGGAUCCGUCUCAGGCUCCUUCCCUGGCUCAGCCUCUGGUGUUCAGUAACUCGAAGCAGAGUGCCAUAUCACAGCCUUCUUCGGGUAGCACGUUUUCCCAUCACAGUAUGGUGAGCAUGUUAGGGAAGGGAUUUGGUGAUGUUGGUGAGGCUAAAGGUGGCAGUACCACAGGCUCCCAGUUCUUGGAGCAGUUCAAGACUGCUCAGGCCCUGGCUCAGCUGGCAGCUCAGCACUCUCAGUCUGGAAGCACCCCCACCUCCUCUUGGGACAUGGGCUCGACGACACAGUCCCCGUCACUGGUGCAGUAUGAUUUGAAGAACCCAAGUGAUUCAACAGUGCACAGCCCCUUUACAAAGCGCCAGGCUUUUACCCCAUCUUCAACCAUGAUGGAGGUGUUCCUUCAGGAGAAGCCUCCUGCAGUGGCUACCUCCACGGCUGCACCUCCGCCCCCUUCUUCACCUCUGCCAAGCAAAUCCACCUCAGCUGCACAGAUGUCUCCUGGGUCUUCAGACAACCAAUCCUCCAGUCCUCAGCCGGCUCAGCAGAAACUGAAACAGCAGAAGAAAAAAGCAUCCUUGACUUCUAAGAUCCCUGCUCUGGCUGUGGAGAUGCCCGGCUCAGCAGAUAUCUCAGGGCUAAAUCUGCAGUUUGGGGCAUUGCAGUUUGGGUCAGAGCCUGUUCUUUCUGAUUAUGAGUCCACCCCCACCACGAGCGCCUCUUCAAGCCAGGCUCCAAGUAGCCUGUAUACCAGCACGGCCAGUGAAUCUUCAUCUACGAUUUCAUCUAACCAGAGUCAGGAAUCUGGUUAUCAGAGUGGCCCAAUUCAGUCAACAACCUAUACCUCCCAAAACAACGCUCAGGGCCCGCUAUAUGAACAGAGAUCCACACAGACUCGGCGGUACCCCAGCUCCAUGUCUUCAUCACCCCAAAAGGACCUGACUCAGGCAAAGAAUGGCUUCAGUUCUGUGCAAGCCACGCAGUUACAGACCACGCAAUCUGUUGAAGGUGCUACAGGCUCUGCAGUGAAAUCUGACUCACCUUCCACUUCCAGCAUCCCCCCUCUCAAUGAAGCGGUAUCUGCAGCUUCCUUACUGACAACCACCAAUCAGCACUCAUCCUCCUUGGGUGGCUUGAGCCACAGUGAGGAGAUUCCAAACACCACCACCACGCAACAUAGCAGCACGUUGUCUGCGCAGCAGAACACCCUUUCGUCAUCAACAUCUUCUGGGCGCACUUCAACGUCCACUCUCCUGCAUACAAGUGUGGAGAGUGAAGCGAAUCUCCAUUCUUCCUCUAGCACUUUCUCUACCACAUCCAGCACAGUCUCUGCACCUCCCCCAGUGGUCAGCGUCUCUUCCAGUCUCAAUAGUGGCAGCAGUCUGGGCCUCAGCCUGGGCAGCAACUCUACCGUCACAGCCUCAACUCGAAGCUCAGUUGCUACGACUUCAGGAAAAGCUCCUCCCAACCUCCCUCCUGGGGUCCCGCCAUUGUUGCCUAAUCCCUAUAUUAUGGCUCCAGGGCUGUUACAUGCCUACCCGCCACAAGUGUAUGGUUAUGAUGACUUGCAGAUGCUUCAGACAAGGUUUCCAUUGGAUUACUACAGCAUCCCGUUUCCCACACCUACCACUCCACUGACUGGGAGGGAUGGCAGCCUGGCCAGCAACCCUUACUCUGGUGACCUCACAAAGUUUGGCCGUGGGGAUGCCUCCUCCCCAGCUCCGGCCACAACAUUGGCCCAGCCCCAACAGAACCAGACGCAGACUCACCACACCACGCAGCAGACAUUCCUGAACCCGGCGCUGCCUCCUGGCUACAGCUAUACCAGCCUGCCAUACUACACAGGGGUUCCGGGCCUCCCCAGCACCUUCCAGUAUGGGCCUGCUGUGUUCCCUGUGGCUCCUACCUCUUCCAAGCAGCAUGGUGUGAAUGUCAGUGUGAAUGCAUCGGCCACCCCUUUCCAACAGCCGAGUGGAUAUGGGUCUCAUGGAUACAACACUGGUGUGUCAGUCACCUCCAGUAACACGGGCGUGCCAGAUAUCUCGGGUUCUGUGUACUCCAAAACCCAGCAGUCCUUUGAGAAACAAGGUUUUCAUUCCGGUACUCCUGCUGCCUCCUUCAACUUGCCUUCAGCCCUGGGAAGUGGGGGGCCCAUCAAUCCGGCCACAGCUGCUGCCUACCCACCCGCCCCCUUUAUGCACAUUCUGACCCCUCAUCAGCAGCCACACUCCCAGAUCCUUCACCAUCAUCUGCAGCAGGACGGCCAGGGCCAGCCAGGGGCACACAGCACAUACACAAGCGCACAUAACACGAGCGGUCGCGAAGGAGAUGUCACAAGGGGCCAGCUACCAUAUUUGCAGAUGAUUCUCUGUUGCCAGCACCAGCAGGAGGAGCAGACGGGCGGCGGGCAGCGCAGCCAGACCAGCUCCAUCCCGCAGAAGCCGCAGACCACCAAGUCUGCCUACAACAGCUACAGCUGGGGGGCCAACUGAGGCCGGCGGAGACGGACCCUGGACCCCCGCCCGUCCCCACCGCCCGCCUCGUUGUAUGUAUGAUAGGAUUUGUAUUUUCUCCUCCUCCCUCCUCCUCCCCCUGCAUUCAACAUUAUGAAACUUCGCUGGGCCUUGCCCUUCGCCACUUCUUCCGCUUCACCCUGGCGGUGUGUGGGUGAGGUGGGAGGGCCCCAAAUAUACUAUCAGCCCAACA